CGACAUCAACACCACACCUGAACCGCAAAUCCAGGUCACAACUCUGCCCGGGUCUUGUGCUGAAAUUGCCUAAUCCUUGUCAAGUCUGGACCAAUAUGAACCUGCAGUCAACACGGUUUUUCUUCUGCCGCCUGAGCCGUAGCAGCCCCCAGUCGACCUUACAAUAUUUGAGCCUCACUGGUUGAUGGAAUGCUCGCUUCAUUUUGUUGCUGCGGCUGAAGGAAGAGGCGCCCAUGAGAGAGCUUUAUGGCUGUACUAAGACAUCUCGAGCCGGAUGCUCACCUGGUCGCGCGACUUCCAGCGUCUCAUCUGUGGCUAGGUGCUAAUAAUAUGCCAGGGCAGAGCUUUGAAAACUUCGAAGCACCCUGAGCUACUCGCUGGAUUUCACUUCCUCGUCUUCAUCUUUCCGAGUCUCCGAUAUCACUAUGGAGCCGGAAAAUGUCUAUGGAAUCACGGUCAUCCAUUCUCCCCAGCCCGAAGCUGCAUCAGAGUCAUCUAAGCUCUUAAGUACUCCUCAGCCUAAUCCCAGUCGAAUCGUUUUCGACCUUGUUGCCAUACAUGGUCUCAACGGUCAUGCCUUCCAUACAUGGACUCACAGGAAGAGCGAGGUGAUGUGGCUCAGGGAUCUUUUGCCGGAGCUCGUGCCAAAUAUCCGGAUUAUGACAUAUGGAUAUAACGCGCGAUUCUUGAAUUUUGCAGCUCAGCAAGACCUGCGCAACGUCACCAUGAAGUUGCUCACAGAAUUGGUUGACUUGCGUCAAUCUGAACAAGUACUUAUCGGAAUAUCCUUGAAGGCCGGUGCUGACGAUGAUGGCUUUAGGAAAAACGUCGUCCUCUUAUCUUUGUCUGCCACAGUCUUGGAGGUAUUGUGGCUAAAAAGGCAUUGACAAUACGGGUAUACGAGGAGCAGAAGUCGAUCCAGGACGCAUGCUACGGUAUAAUGUUCAUGGGUGCAUACUUGUUGAUCUGAAUCAGACUCCAUCUGCAAUGUUGAUUCUUAACAGGGACACCCCAUAAAGGAAGCAGUAUUGCUAGCCUCGGCAGCCUCCUUGCCAAUAUAAUCUCUGCUUGCACUCCUAUCAACCCUGCAACGCCUUUGUUGAGAAGCCUGAAGCCUGAUUCAAGGUUUCUCUUUGAAAUAUCAGAGGACUUUGUGCGACAGGCCACAAAUCUCAAGCUCGUCUCCUUUUUCGAGAUGGACAUGACAACAAUUGGUGGAUUCAGGAAGAAACUGAUUGUUGACCACCGCUCAGCUAUCCUCAACCUCCCUAACGAGAUUACGAUUGGUCAAAAUGCCGACCACCGCGAGCUGGCGAGGUUCAAAUCGAAAGAUGACCGCAACUUUCGACCCGUUCUUUCGCGGUUGCUCAAAUUCAAGGUCGAUAUCGAGACCGACGACCAGCACGAGACUAUAAACGAGAUAACGGUGGAAGUCUCUCCCAUUGAAGGUAGUCAGAAAUCAUUGAAGUACGAAGAAUGGGGCUGAAACAUGGUGGAAGGUACAUCAAGUGUCCUGGAGAUCCCUUUCACAGCUACAAAUGCUUUUCAUGGGAGGGAGAGUUAUUUCAAGCACAUAGAAGAUUAUUUCUUCGGCGAACCUCACAAUCAGGAUGCCCCUCGAACAUUCGCAAUUUGUGGAUCAGGGGGCUCUGGGAAAACUCAAACUGCGAUACAAUACGCACUACGAUACCGUGAAAGGUACAAGUCAGCCGUAAUAUUCAUCAAUGCCGCCUCCCAUGCGACCUUGAUAUCUGACUUCGAAAAGGUAUCCGAUCUGAUGAAAUUAACCAAAGGAACUAACAAGGUUGCUGGUGUUCAAGCCUGGCUGUCAGAUAAGAAGAACAAGGACUGGCUUUUGAUUUUCGACAACGCCGACGAUCUUGCCUCAAUCUGUCUGUCCAACUACUUUCCUCGUUCAAAAUGGGGACAUAUUCUAAUCACUUCACGAGAUCAAUCCGCAGUCGGCCUUGUGAGUGUGGAAGGAUCAUCAAUGGAGCCAUUAACUGCACCCGAGGCUGUCAAAGUGCUGCUCCAAAAAGCGCACAUCACGUCUCAUUCCGAUAAGAUACAGUCCGAUGCUGAAACAUUGGUGAACGACCUGGGGUACUUGCCAUUGGCAAUAGAUCAGGCCGCAUCAUAUGUGCUGACGAGAAAGAAAACUCUCAGCGACUAUCGCCGUCUCUAUCAUACUCGGCAACUAGAUCUAUUAAGCUAUCAUUCCAAGCUUUCGAAUUAUGACAAAACCGUCUUGACAACAUGGGAACUCAAUUUCACUCAAGUUGAACAAGACUUCCCUGCUGCCGCGAUCCUGCUGAUGAUAUUCUGCUUCCUCGACGCAGCCGCAAUUACCGACAAUAUGCUGCUAAGAGGGUGCACGAAGAUGAAUCGCUGGUCGAAACUUGGGGAGAUUGAACAGGUAUCGGCCAUUGAUGUGGGCAUUGACAGGUUCCUUGUCGAUAUGAUUACGGAUGAGGUGGCUUAUGAUGAUGCCAUCGAAAAGCUUCUGUCGUUCUCCCUGAUUCGCCGCAACAACGAUUACAAUGAAGUUCGAAGCGUCUCGGUUCACCCACUUGUGCAGUCCACAGCUACUCUGAGAGUGAGUUCUGCGGAUCAAAACAAAUGGCGGACCCAGGCCAUCCUUCUUGUGUGUCAUGCAUUUCCUAGGGAUCAGUUUAUCGAAGACACAUUUGGAGAUACCGGAAGGCCAAUGAUGCCGCAUGUGGCUCGAAUGCUGAAAGAAUUCGACAUUCUGUGCUCCCAGAUGCCGGCACCAAAGAUACUACGACAACAAGUUACGGAGUGCCUCCUCGCUGCUUCUCGCUUCCUGCACAAUUCAUGGAAGGAGGACUGUACCCGGCGCGUGAAGGACUUGAUUAAGGACCUCGACGAUCCUUUUGUCAAGGCGUGGGCAGCUCAACGGGAAGCCGCCAUUAUCCGACUGCGAGGCAAUCGGUCAGUUUCCCAGGAUACUCUGGAGCUAUAUUUGAAGCAGCUCCAUUCGAGGAAUCAACAAGUGACCGAGGAACCACUGCGUGAAAUCAAGGACGCAAGACUCAACGCAAUGCAAGGGCAGAUUAUCGUCUCCUACGCCGAGAACCUCUUGCAAGAUAACCACCUAGCAAUUUCGGAGCAAGAGCUCCUGUCAUGGAGGCCACUCGACCACGACAAGCCAUCGUCCCUGGAGAAUGUCGCACUGGCCGCCGUGCAAACCAACCUGGGUCGGAUCAUGCGCGAAAAGGGUGACUUCGAGACGUCAUUGUCGUACUUUGAGCUUUUGCACAAGGAGACGCUCCAAGACGACAAUUACGAGCACACGGGUUCCCGGCGCAUCGUCCUCUCGAACAUGGCCGACCUGUACUGUGAACUGCGACGGGAAGGGGAGGCGAUCAAUCUCGUCCAAACCGAGCUCGAUUACAUGGAGGCCAGGGGCCAUCAGCACAUCAGCAGCGGUCGUCGCCUGCAGCUCUGCCUCGCCGAGGCGUACAUAUGUCUCGGGAGGCGGACAGAAGCUCGACGCUGGCUCACGAAGGUCAAGGAUGCACUUGACGCGAUGCAGGAGCCGGACGUCCUGUCGAAGUACACCCUGUUCCGUGUCUGGUACGGGUUGGCACGCCUGGCGCACAGCUCCGGGGCGUUUGGUGAAGCCCGGGACUGCUGGCAGAAGGCCUUCGACGCGGGCUGCCUGUUGGGCUGGGAGGGCAAGUACCCCUUGAACCUCGUCAAGUACUCGCUGGCCCAUGUCCUCCACGAGCUGGGAGACCACGCCGAGGCCGAGGAGUUGCUGGAGACCGCCGAGGAAAGCAUCAAGGCGUCAGGCCGGAAGUUCUGGAUUGUGGGCAUGGCCACUUACUGGUUCGACUAUGUCCAAAUGCAGCUGAGCCAGAGCAGAGCGACGACUACUACCACUUGGACCCGCUUCGGGAAGAUGGCUGUUGGGUCUUUCGGCAGCAGCGGCGUCGCCAGCGUGGCCGAGUGAGGGACGCGACGGGCAUGUUGCCGUCGAAUGUAUAUCGCAAUAAUGAGCACCGACUCCUUCACAAGUGACGAAAGACGAUCAGGGAAGUCUUCGGCCUGACUACCUUACCUAAGGUAGGUAAUUCAGACACUACAUCAUAUCACCAGCUGCCUGGUGGAUUAAAAAACUUGGGAGUCUCGGCAGGUUUCCAUGACUUUACUGUAGCAUCUCUACAAGUAUCUUAUACGGAAAUCCUGGAGAAUGUGAAUGGUCAUGGUCCGGGAUGAGUAUCAGGAGCGCCGACCAGUUGAAGGACGGCUCGGGGCUUCAAAACCUUGGAACUUUUUUGCUUCUCGCUUUCGUUGGGUUGGGGCUGCUUCCUGGAGUGAAUGUGCGGGAAACCAAAAGGUGAUGCCAACAAGGCUAUCAUUUUCACUGUUACAGGGUAUACAGAGUAACG